AUGUCACUACCAUUACCACUGCCCCACAUGCAGUCUUCUCCCUCACUCUCAUCAGCCUCUUCAUCCACUAUGACCCUUACACCUACACCCUCUCAAUCCCUCUCUCAACCACCUGGUCCUCACAAUCUACGCGUAACUACCAAUCUCCCACCGAGUUCGAGUUCCAGAUUACGUUCCAAUUCUGCUCUUUCACCUCGACCUACGCCCAACUCCCUUAGCCCAAUCAACACGAACCUCUCCAGAGGAGGAGGGGCGGGAGAAAUGAUGGGUUUACAUGGACCGUCAAAAUCGUUAGGAUCAAACUUGGCCAAUUACAAUUCUAAUGGUUAUAAUUAUGAGAGUAAAUUACCUUCUCCGUUAUCUGCUUCGCCUUCACCGGGUGGGAGUGGUGGAGAGGAGAAGAAUGACGUUGCUGCUGUAGUACGUGGAUUGAGAGGGGGAGGACCUAGUUCGCCUUUAGGUGCUCCUUCGGGUACUCCUCCUACUAAUAGGAGUCAGAGUAAUCCUGGUAGUGGUAGAACUAGAGGUACUUCACCGACGCCUCCUCCUGCUGGUCCACCAACUGAAGAAUAUAUAAUCAGUAGAAUCAAGGAGAUAGCUGAAGGAUCGAAAGAUGAAGGAGAUACAUUGGAUAUAUCAAGACAGAACAUGAGUAAGAUAAGUGAUGAGGUUGUGGAUGUCUUUGAGAGAGGGGUAGGUAAAGGAAAAAGAGGUGUUUGGCGACUCGCACUUUCAUAUAACAAUCUAACGAAUGACUCAAUAUCAUACCGGUUUGCCCACCUGUCAAGGUUGAGGUAUCUUAAUCUUAAAGGAAAUUAUCUAACUGAGUUUCCAAGACCUAUUACCGAAUUAGCUGCUCUCGAAAUUCUCGAUCUAUCCAAGAAUAAAAUCACUUCUUUCCCUGAUGAACCUCGACGAUUGACUAGAUUAAAAGUACUUUCCCUAACGAACAACAAGAUAUAUACUUUACCUGGCUAUAUGGUACAGUUCACGAGCUUGAAGGUGUUCAAAGUGGAUCAUAAUCCUAUUGAAUGGCCGCCCAAGGAAGUGCUUGGUCCCCUCGCAGAACCGGUAGACCAGUCUUCGCGAUCGAAAACCAGUGAAGGAGCAUCGACAAGCUCUAAAGAUAGAAAAGAACAGGACUUGAGACCUUGGAUAGAGAAUAUGAAGAGCUGGAUGAGGCAAAGAGCAGCGGACUCGGAAAGACUAUUGCAACAGGCCGAAGAAUCUAAUAGAAUAUCCGAAGACGAACCUCUUAGCGCAGCAUCCAUGGCGACGUCAGCAUCAGCUCGAUCUUUCCGCUCGCAACUGGAAUCCCCGAUGAUAGCUAUGUCAUCUCAAGAAACCGUCAAACGUGCAGUCUUCCCACAAAACCUUGACGAUAGACCUAGAACACCUACUCGUCCAUUUGCUCUAGGUCGAAAUCGAUCAGCGACCCUAUCAGAUGACGCUCUCGCACGAAGCUACUCCCCAGGACCAAGCCAAUAUUCACCUUACCGACCUCGACACAGUCGGGAUCCAUCUGCAUCGUCACUUACAUCCCCUCCUUCAGCUUCGACUGAGUCUUCAGCCCAUUCACGGAUGCCAUCUGCGAGUCAUCUACCGCAACCACCCACCAUCCCAGCUACUCAAGGUCAUUCAAGAGGAGCGAGCUACACCGCCACUCAGCGGUUGAGUGGAAACCUGACGGUGAAGAAGUCUCUGCCUGAUUUACGGCAAAGUCACGCUCAGAUCAUUCAGGAUAGGAAGAAUGAUGGGCAGCCAAUCGAGGAGGCCCGUCCUCUGGGUUUAGGGAUUGCUGCACCUGGGGUACCCAAGUUCCAAUUACCUGGUCGAGGUUGGGGAGGUGAGAUGAUGCGAUCUCCUACAGCUGGACCUACCAUGUCAGGUCAGGAACGAAGCAGAGUGAUGAACAGAAAAGGAUCGAUUGAAAUGAUGAGGAGAAUAUCAGGAGAUAUGAGUGGAGAAAUGGCCGAAAAGAGGAACAGCCAAGAUGGACCUCAGAUUGACGAAUCUCGAAACUCAUAUUUCCGACGAUUGAGUACAUUACCAGUAUCAACUAUCUCAAAAUCGAUUCCACCUGUUUUGCUCAAAUUCAUCGAUGCUGUUCGUGGUAUACUGUACGCGCUAUCUCAACUUCAUUCGGCAUUGCGACAAUACCUCGUGUUCGCUGUAAAUGAACGUAUAGCAAGUGUUUUCUCAAGAGUGAUGGAACCUGCCGGAAACUACAUGAACAAUUUGAUCAAUGCUUUGGACAGAUUCGAUUCCAUGUCAAGAAGAAAUUCGCCACCUGUCCAUGUGAUACGGAAUGUGAUAGAUGCGGCCAAAGAAAGUGUAGCCGUGUUUGCGAAAGUGGUGGCUGUUUUGAAAAUGCAGAUUCCAGCUUUGAAGAAUAACGAUAUUAGAUAUACCAGAACGCUGUUGACGAUGAUAUAUGGAUCUAUGGCUGAGGUAGCAUGUUCUUGGCAGAGCAUGGCACCGCUUUUGGCUGAGAUUAGACCUUUGCUGGUGAUUGACGUAAGUGGUUUAGCAAUGAGAUCAAUGGGAGGUGUCAAGAUGGUGCCUACCGGAUCCCUUAGUGGGCGUACGCCAAUCUCACCUAUUAUCGAAAGACGAGAAUCUCAAUCACCUGCUUCAGUGUCAAAAUCUACUGUUGGCGGAUCACCUUUAGUCCCUCAAGUUGAAGAUUCCCCUGCACCCGCGAUGGUUCACGCGACGAGUCUGAGAACGAUGGGAAAAUCAAGAAGACAAGCUGGAUCGUUCUCGUCUCUGGAUGUUGAAAGAGGGAUGUUGAUGGGCUCACCUGGUGGACCGAGAUCGAGUGAAGUGAACACUUCCGAUCAAUUGUCCACUCCUGGUUCUUAUCUCAGACACCGUCCUUCGGAAUCUGCGACAAUCGUAUUGGACCAGCAAGCGGAAGGAUCAGAUGAAGACGAGGAAGAGCAGCCAAGUCAAGCUCCUAUCCCUCCUCCUCCAUUCCCUAUCAGUACGACCUCACCUAACGGUACGCCAUUCACCAUUCCUGGUACUCCCCCUGAUAUUGUACCUUCUCAUCAACCUAUCGCUAUGGUGCCGGCAUCUUCCCCUCAAGGUCGACAUCAUCCAUCUUCGUCCUCUGGUUCAAGUCAUGCAAUGGCAAUGUCGUUCACCAGCAACAACCCACCUGCACCAUCCAGGAAACUAUCCGUCGAUGUCCGACCUCCUACACCAGCUUCUGCGAGUGUGUUUGACGAAGAUCUAUUGGACGUCAUCGAAACAGCCACCGACAUCGCUUUUACAUGUUGGCUCAAGCUUGCUGAAGAUAUCGGUGCAUCCUCACCUCCAUUUAACCAACAUCAGAAAUCAGGUUCGCAAUCUUCGCUUUUGAGUAAUGCCGAAUCUACACGUAUGGGUAUGGGUCCCUUCUCAGCUAGGAGACCAUCAACGAUAUCUGUCAAACAUCACACAGAAUUAUUACAUCUCUUAUCGAUAGCUGAACAGAUCACUGCGGGUUUACGAGAAUCGCUCAUGGGCCUUAGAGCGAAUCCAUCAACAUAUACUACUACGACCUUACCUGAUGAUGCUCAAGCGUUCAUCAAGACCGUAGUUAAAGUCAGCGAAUUGGUCAAAAUCAUUUCGGCAACUCAUAAUUUCCCAACGAACGUCAGAGCAGCAUGUAGUAGAUUAACUCAAUCGACAAGGGAAUGUGCGAUUUUGAUCCAAGUGUCAAGUCUUAGACGAUCGAACGCUACACCAGCUUCUAUCCCACCUUUAUCUGCUACAGCUAACAGUGGUCGACCAAUCUCACCCAUGUAUCGACACCAAACUUCCAGAUCGGGCAGUAAUGCCAAUACAACUUUGAACUCUCAAGAGGAUCUAUCUAUCCCCAAUAAUCACAACCAGUAUCAACCUCAUUCAGCAGGAUAUAUGACUCAUACGUGGGAUAAUCCUAAUCCCAACCCUGGAGGGGGAGGACAAGGUACAAAAGAUGGUUUGAGAGGGUUACAAUUGCCUUCUAGACAGAUGGCUAUGGCUUUAGGUAGAAGUAGAUCAGCGAAUGCUGUUCCUCCCAUGGCGGGGGCCCAAGGCCAGAACCAAAACCAAAUGGGUGGUAACAGUGGGAAUAGAUAUAUGAAUGGAAAUGGAAAUGGGAAUGGGAAUGGGGAUCAACCGAAUAGCGCUCAACCUACUAAGAUAUCCUACUAA